AUGCAAAACAAAAGCUUUGUAACUGAGUUUGUUCUUCUGGGGCUUUCACAGAAUCCAAAGGUUCAGAAAAUAUUAUUUGUUGUAUUUUUGUUUGUCUACAUAGCAACGGUUGGGAGCAACAUGCUAAUUGUAGUAACCAUCCUCAGCAGCCCUGCUCUGCAGAGGUCCCCCAUGUACUUCUUCUUGGCUUUCCUGUCCCUCCUAGAUGCAUGCUUCUCCUCUGUCCUCAGCCCAAAGAUGAUCGUGGACUCCCUCUGUGAGAGGAAAACCAUCUCCUUUAAAGGAUGCAUGGUUCAGCUUUUUGCUGAACACUUCUUUAGUGGGGCAGAGGUGAUUGUCCUCACAGCCAUGGCCUAUGAUCGGUAUGUGGCCAUUUGCAAGCCUUUGCAUUACUCUUCCAUCAUGAACCGCAGGUUCUGUGGCAUUCUGAUUGGGGCAGCCUGGAUAGGGGGCUUUUUGCAUUCCCUGAUACAAAUACUCUUUACUUUCCAGUUGCCGUUCUGUGGUCCCAAUGUCAUUGAUCACUUCUCUUGUGACCUUCAGCCAUUACUGGAUCUUGCCUGUACCAACACUCAUGUCUUUGGCCUUUUUGUGGUCCUCAACAGUGGAGUUUUCUGUAUCCUAAUCUUCUCCUUGUUGCUUGUCUCCUAUGGUGUCAUCCUGUUCUCACUGAGAACUCAUAGUUCCGAGGGGCGGAGAAAGGCUCUCUCUACGUGUGGAUCUCACGUUGCUGUUGUGAUUCUGUUCUUUGUCCCGUGCAUAUUUGUAUACGCACGACCUCCAUCUGCUUUAUCCUCUGACAAAAUGGUGGGAAUAAUUUAUGGCAUCCUAGCUCCCUUGCUCAAUCCUUUGAUUUAUACUUUCAGGAAUAAGGAAGUGAAAAACGCCAUGAGGAAAGUGUGGAACAGAUUGGUGGUGGCUUCUGAUGGAAAAUAA